AUGGUUGCCGACGACGCCAAGGUAGUUCUUGUCACUGGAUCUUCCCGUGGUCUGGGCAAGGCUAUUGCCUUGGAUCUUGGAAAGGCUGGUCAAAAGGUGAUCAUCAACUACGUUUCGGACGGAUCGAAGGAAGGAGCCGACGCCGCCGUCGAAGAGAUCAAGUCACUUGGUGGAGACGCGAUUGCUAUCCAGGCUGAUUCUUCCAAGCCCGAUUCCAUCAAGAGCAUGUUUGAAGAAGCCGUUGAGAAGUUUGGUACCGUCGAUGUGCUCAUCAAUAACGCAGGCAUUACGCGCGAUACCCUGGUCAUGCGCAUGAAACCCCAGCAGUGGCAGGAUGUGAUCGACAUUAAUCUUUCCGGAGUUUUCUACUGCUCGCAGGCCUUUUUCAAGGUCGCUUCCAAAAAGCGCACGGGCCGCAUUAUCAAUAUUAGUUCGGUCGUAGGCCAGAUUGGCAAUCCUGGACAAGCUAACUACGCUGCCGCUAAGGGUGGUGUCAUUGGUAUGACUUACUCCAACGCUAAGGAGUUUGCCGCGCGUGGGAUUACCGUCAACGCUAUUUGUCCAGGAUACAUUGAAUCGGACAUGACAGCCGUCCUGGACGAAGCUUACCUGGAAAAGGUUGCCGAAAUUAUUCCGUUGAAGCGACUCGGGAAACCGGAAGAAGUUGCUGGCAUGGCGCGCUUCUUGGCGUUGGAUCCUGCUGCCGACUAUAUCACUGGACAUACCUUCAAUGUGGAUGGUGGCAUUGCGAUCGGAUGCUAA